UGACUGAGAAAAUGAGACUUGCAUGUAUGAAGUAAGAUAGUUAUGGAGUUAGUAUCAUGCUUUUAGAAAUUUGAAGUUAUUUCAUGUAUCCCAAAUGCAUGGAAAUAGCUGCCCUGGGAAGACCUCUGUAUCCCGGCAUGCUGUACGAUUGCCGCAGGGACACCUUUAUUCCAGGUGUUACUUUAUGGGAUAAGAAAGCAUUGCGCGAUGACCUUGACGUACAUCAGCAGCCUAAAACACAUCUGAAUUUUGCUGCCUCAGACACCCUCAAUGAUAAGGCCGACCUCCUAGAUAUAAGUGCUUCCCUUAAAGCCAGUUUCCUCAGUGGUUUGGUGGAAGUUAGAGGAUCGGCCAAGUACCUGCGUGAUAGCAAAUCCUCAGCACAUCAGUGCAGAGUUACUAUGCACUACAGCCAGACCACAAAAUUUGAACAACUCACUAUGAAGGAGCUUGGCAAUAUCACCUAUCCACAAGUAUUUGACCAGAAAACAGCCACCCAUGUAGUUACAGCUGUACUGUAUGGAGCUCAGGCUUUCAUGGUGUUUGAUCAUAUAACUGAUGAAAAUGAGAACAAACAGGCUGUUGAAGGAAACCUUUAUGCAGUGGUCAAGAAGAUCCCUACCAUUUCCAUUGAGGGGGAAGCAUCCCUAAAGAUGAAUGAAGAGGAAAAACAACUGUCUGAGAAUAUCAGUGUCACAUUUUAUGGUGACUUUGAGCUUGAAGAAAACCCCAUCACAUACAAGGAAUCCCUGGAAGUGUACAAGAAGUUGCCCAUGCUGAUGAAGGACGAACGACAAAAUAAAGGUGUGCCACUGAAUGUGUGGCUGUAUCCUCUCACACUUUUGGAUGAUAGGGCUGCAAAGUUGGUGACAGAAAUCAACGUGAGGCUGGUGGAUAAAACAGAACAUUUGCUGGAGGAGCUCAGUGAAGAGGAGAGGAGAUGCAAUGAUUUGAUCAAAAACCAAAUGGCAAAUGAUUUCCCUGAUCUAAAAGACAGAUUGUUAAGGUUUCAGACAUUACAAAAGAACUAUACGAGAUCAUUCCAGGAAGCACUCUCCAGACUUUUGCCAGCUAUUCGAGGUGGGACACAAGAGGACAAGGCAUUGGGGGACAUCCUGAAAAUCCAUUACACAUCACCCUUCACUGCUAGCAACAUGAACAAAUGGUUAGAUGAUGUUACAACUGAAGUAAAUAUUCUGAGUUCCUAUACCAGUCGGCUGAAGGACCUCACAGUUGUGAAAUCAUCUUGCUCACUCAGUUCCACCCUCUUGGAUCAUGAUGUUGAUGUGAUCAUAUGUUUGUCUUUUACAUCUCUCAAGUUUGAAGACUCCUACCUUGUGGCUAUACAAGACUUUGAGAACCUUGAAAGAUUUACAACGUUGGAUCAAACAAGUAAGAGUGAUUUCUCUCUCCAAGCCACACAGCCUUGGUUCACUUCUCCUGACGUUUCUGCGAGCAUGAGGCAGAAUAUUUCCCUCUUUACAAGUUUUUCAAAGGCCAAUAAAUAUGAGAAGAGAAUCAAGUUCAUCAUUGCCUCCAUAUGUGACCCCAGCAAUCCAGGAACCUCCAUCCGACUUUACCAGAAAGGCGCUCUGACAGAUCCUAGGUUCCAGCCUGUAUCCAAACCGGCUCCACCUGUGGUGCAGGCCAGUGAUGAGAAAGUCCUCCUAAAGCUUUCAAAAUCCCCAACUGGAGAGACGGUACGGUUCAGAGUUGAAUACAGGAGGAUGCCGCCAACUGAUUCAGAAGAUGACAUUGAUGAAUGGACAGUCACAGACACUUCAGAUGCACAGACCAGCUUCACACUGACUGGACUAAAGCCAGCAGAUCAAUACUUGGUCCGAUACAGAGCAGUUAGUGAUGUGGGAGUGAGUGAAGCCAGCGACUCUGUCCCUUUCACCUUUUCUGAGAAGCCUGAUGUAGGAGUGAUUGAAGCCAGCCACUCUGUCCCUUUCACGUUUUCUGAGAAGUUUAAUGUAGGAAUAAGUGAAGUGACCGACUCUGUCCCCUUCUCCAUUGAUCUGAAGCUCAGUAUUAAAGUGGGCCAGUCGUGGGUCAGUUAAAGAUGUAUCAGAUUCUUACUCAUUUCUGUUCAUGCAUGUAUAU